AUGAGAAAAGUCCUUUUAGUAGCACUACUUAUAUCUGUUAUAAAAUGUAUGACAAUAAGAGAGCAAGUCAUGUCGUAUGCAGAAGGAAUUAAAAGGAAAACAAAAGGCCUCUAUGAAAAAGUUGGGGGUAUAAGUGGAAUAAAAGACACAGUUACAAAACAUAUUCAGCCCAUAGGAAGCAAAAUAAAGAACCAUUCAAAGCACAUAGCAGAGAAAGUGAACGACUUUGGAAGAAACAAAGCAAUUCCUCAUGCAAAGAAAGUGUAUGCAAACAUAAAACAAAAAAUAGCAAAGGGAAAGCCAGCAGAAGAGCAUUCAGCAGAAGAAGUAAAGGGGAAAGAAGAAUCUAUAAUAGAAGAAAUUCCUGCUGAGAAGACUCCAGAGGAAGAAGGGCAUGAAAAUGAAAAACCAAACAUGGAAGAUCUUGAGAGGUUCUUGAAAGAAUUUAUGAAUACCAUGAAGUUCGGAAAUGCUGAGCAUGAGAACUUUACAGACGAUUACAAUGCAGACUUUGAUCUAGAUAAAGAGUCAGACCCUGAGGCUGCAAAGGAUUUAAUAAGUGAUGUGAGUAUUCCAAGCCAGGCAGAAGAUUUAAAGAAAGACCUCUAGGCUAAUAAAUUUUUAUUGGAG